AUGGCCGACGAGGACGUUGCUGCUUUGGUCGUGGACAAUGGCUCUGGUAUGUGCAAAGCUGGUUUUGCUGGAGAUGAUGCUCCCAGAGCUGUUUUCCCUUCCAUCGUCGGUCGCCCAAGACAUCAGGGUGUGAUGGUUGGUAUGGGACAGAAAGACUCGUAUGUCGGCGAUGAAGCCCAGAGUAAGCGAGGUAUUCUUACCUUGAAAUAUCCAAUCGAACACGGAAUUGUUACAAACUGGGACGAUAUGGAAAAGGUAAGGUUUCCAAAUUUAUUUCGUGUUAAAAAAUUGACAAAUUACUGAUGGUUUUUGCUAAAUUUCAGAUCUGGCAUCACACCUUCUACAACGAACUUAGGGUUGCCCCAGAGGAACACCCAGUUUUGUUGACCGAGGCUCCAUUGAACCCCAAAGCCAACAGAGAGAAGAUGACUCAGGUAAUAUUCGUUUGCAAAAAAUUUAGAAACAAUCACCGCAUGAGGGAACAUUGUAAUGUAGCGAUUUAAAUUCGGCGUUUUUAAGCUCAGCCGGCAACUGCUCAUUUUAUCUAAUCUGCAUAAUUUUUGUGCUGAGUAAGUGCGGCAGGAGUGAACAGAAAUUUGUUUUUUUAACGACAUCUGUUAACGUUCAGAAUUUUGUGCGCAAGAUUAAAAAUCAUGUUUUCUGCAACGGUUUCAGAGCUAUAUGUUAAUGAGAUUGCAUUUAAACGCUUGAUCAAUAUUUCAUCUGGGCUGUCUCUCGACCACGGAAUUUGAAAGGUUCAAAUUGGCUAACCUCUUACAGAGGAAGGCACGCGGAAAGUUGCCACAGUACAGUAACAAUUUGGCUACAGCGCCAGUCGAAAGCUAGUAGUAUGCCGUAGAGACAAAGAAUGCUAAAUCUGCUUAAAAUAUCGUUUAAAAUACGAAAAUUUUUUUGGUUAAUCGAGCAAAUUAUUUGUCCACCGGGACCUCUUAACAGGGAACGAUGUGUUGCCUAAUUUGGUCAUGUUGUUUUGUGAUUGGUCAGGUUGAAAAUCACACCAUUAGAGGUUCGAAAACGUGACGUGGGAGUAUUGUUGGACUAUCAGUACUCUGUAGGUUUUAUUUCCUCGGAAUAUUUUGACUACGAACAGAACCUUCUAUUCCAAACGAUGAUCAUUUUGAUUAAAAAAUUGUGAACCUGCACCCAAAAAUUGUUUUUAUGUGAGCUGUAGAGAGCGUAUCCGUUUUACUGCGAUAUUUGAGCAAAUAUUAUUUUAAGAAAACAACAGUAUUGUUUGACGUAAAUUUGGAUCUCUGCAUACAUGGGCUUAAUUACCGGAAAUUAGCACAGAACUGAAAGGAACAUAAGUGUUCCUUUAUCAUCUAGAAGAAUCUCGUAUCAUGUAAAAUUUCGAGUUGAUGUACUUCGAGCGGAUGUUAAAAGACUUGUAGAAUAACGUUUAUAUUAUCGGAGCUCCCACUUUCAAGAAAUGUUAAGUAAAUUGCGGCCUCUCUUCCUUUUCAGAUCAUGUUUGAGACCUUCAAUUCACCAGCCAUGUAUGUCGCCAUCCAAGCUGUACUUUCGCUGUACGCUUCUGGUCGAACAACUGGCAUCGUUUUUGACAGCGGCGAUGGUGUAAGCCACACUGUACCCAUCUAUGAAGGAUACGCUCUUCCCCACGCCAUCCUUCGUCUUGACUUGGCUGGCAGGGACUUGACCGACUAUUUGAUGAAGAUCUUGACAGAACGUGGAUAUUCUUUCACCACAACCGCCGAGCGUGAAAUUGUGCGUGACAUCAAGGAAAAGCUCAACUAUGUCGCCCUUGACUUCGAACAGGAAAUGCAGACUGCUGCCUCAAGCUCCAGCUUGGAGAAGAGCUAUGAACUUCCUGAUGGACAGGUUAUCACCAUCGGAAACGAGAGAUUCCGUGCUCCAGAGGCCAUGUUCCAGCCAUCCUUCCUUGGAAUGGAAGCUGCUGGUAUCCAUGAGACCACUUACAACUCGAUCAUGAAGUGUGAUGUUGACAUCCGUAAGGACUUGUACGCUAACACUGUGCUCUCUGGUGGCUCCACCAUGUUCCCAGGAAUUGCUGACAGAAUGCAGAAAGAAAUCACUGCCCUGGCUCCACCCACGAUGAAAAUCAAGAUUAUUGCUCCUCCCGAGCGAAAAUACUCUGUAUGGAUUGGAGGAUCAAUCUUGGCCUCUCUGUCCACCUUCCAACAGAUGUGGAUCUCCAAGCAGGAAUAUGAUGAAUCUGGCCCCUCCAUUGUUCACCGCAAAUGCUUCUAA